AUGCGGUGUAUUGCGCUGCUGUGCCCUUCUUGGCAGCCACAGUGUUUCGCAGCCCGUGAGCAGGACCAGGCCAUGAGCAAACAGAAAGUGCGGACAGAAACCCGUUUCCCACAAGAAGUGACUGGCUGUGUCUUGGCUCCUGAAGACCUGCUGCCGCACCAUUCUGGGUCCUGUGUGCUGCUGUGGGCGCUGCGUUUGCCGCUUGACAGCAGAACGCUGGUGGCUGCGGAAGCACCUCUGAUGCCGUCUUUCAGGAACUGUGAGCAGAUCGUCCUGAUGCCAUGUGGGUGGAAACGUGGCCCUGCAUGA